UCAGGAAGUUCAGCGGCAAACCUGCUGCCUUCAGUUUUCCUUUGCGAAACUCCCCCGUCUGAUUUCUUGAGAACCACACAUUACUCUCAGACAGCACAAUGUUUAGUUCGAUAUACUUCGGGAAAAUUAGUAAGGAGAAAACCGAGAGGCUGCUAGAGCUGUACGGCAAGGAAGGGAGCUUUUUGACGAGGGACAGCGAGAGCGAGCCGGGCGCCUUCUGCCUGUGCGUGCGAAGGACACCUUUCGUUCAUACCUACAAGAUCUCCCUGCAUCAUGGAGGCUGGGCGGUUAAGACGCCUCCGGGAGUGAAGCCGCAGUGUUUCGAGACGCUGAACGACCUUAUUGAUCGCUACAGAGCGGCCGCCCACGACAGCAUGCCACCUCUCCUGCAUCCUUUGGAAAAGCGACUGGUGAGUGACGACGGAGAGAAUUCAGAGUUGAUGUACCUGGAGAUCUGACACCCUGCCUCCAGGGGGCGCUGUGUGUGUGUGAGCUACUGCCCCCGCAUGGCUGUGUGCUGGGAAAAGGCCCAGCCGACCCGUUGAAAAAGGAGCAAGCAAGACCAUCAGUGCCUCCACACAGCCAGCAGCAUCGCUACCCAAAAAGGCACCUCAGCAGCAAUUAUACUGUUAAAAAAUCUUUGAUAAUGUGGUUAUUGAAACAGAAUCAAUGCAGCUGUUGUAUGCUUAUGUCACAGCUGAGAAAUGCGAACCUCAGUCCGCCCGUGCCUGCUGCAUGACUGCUUAAUGCGGCGCUCCUUUGGAACCCGAGGCAAACAAGCGAGUGGUAUGGAAGAGAGCUGAUUUGGGGUCAAAGGAUCACAUGUCAGGGCGGCUGAUUGGAGAUACUCACCGUAUUGUUUUUGGUUAAUUACAGUACUUUUGAAUGAGCAAUUUACUCUUAUCGAUUUAUUAAAGGAAGGCCCAACAUUCCAUCAGUAAUAAUCGGAGGAAAUGGCUCAUUGAUGCUGUUUAUAUGAUAUUUGAUAGUAUGAACUGCUUUUAGUGGCUUUCAAGAUAAAGGGGAUGGCUAUUACCUCAGAUUUUCUUAAUUAUUUCAUGAAUUUUAAAGAAUUGCUUUUAAGUAGGUCUCUUUUCAAAAAUGUUGUUUUAUCUGUUGAUUUACUUCAUGGUCUUAAUGGCUCGAGUUUGGAAACUACAGUAUUAUGUGCUGUUUUCUUAUAAUGGUGCAAAUGUUCACCCUGACGACUCUCCCUUUCAGCUCUGUUAUCAUCACUGCAUUACCACUGUAACUUGGGCCCAGUGCUGUAUUUUGUUGUUUGACGCAGGCUGCUCAUUUUCCAGGGGAUUUAUUCUUCUGCCGUCCAACCUUCUUUCUAAUUCCAGGAAUUUCAUCAUGGUUUUUACGUUACAUCAACGUUACACUUUUCUUCUGGAGAACGUUUCUUCACCAGUGCCCCCCUCAUGGUAUCUGUGUUCAUCAUCAGCUUGUUGUAUUUGCAAGCCAGCUUGUGCAGUGAAAUGUGCAGUGAAAUAAAGACAUGGUCGCACA